AGACAGCUGACAGAUAGUGUGUCUCAGCUGAAGACAAACUCUUGCUGUGUCUCACCGUCCGACCGACAACAUCGUGCAACAUGGACAACGCUGACAACCUGUUUCAUCCCAGCCUGGCAGCGGCUCUCAUGAAGCUCGAUCCAGAAGACGGCGAGCAGAUCAUGGAGUAUUUUAAAACUCACGCGCUGCUGACGAGAGAAAAAGCACUGCUGCAGGCGUCAGUCAGAGAUCAGAAGAAGCUGCUGGUCGAAAACGGUAAACUGAAGAAAGACAUCGAGCAGCUGAGAGCUCAGCUGCAGGAGAAACAGAGGAGACGCACCGCCAAGGCUUUAUUCUCCCCGGCCCCGCCUCCUCCGACUGUUAGCCCCGCCCCCACAACACCUGUCGAUCAACCUCCAUCCCCUGCUGGAGCAACAGCUGCUGUUCCUUCAAAUGCCCCUCCCCCCUCCUCACAUGACCACAGAGACAGGCACAGCAGGAGGAGGAGAGGAGACAGGAAAGCUCGUCCGUCCUCUGACUCCUUCUCGUUGGAGGUGAGGCCUCGUGUCGAUGUGUCGAGACUGGACCUGCGGGUUGGACGGAUCCUCAGCGUCCGCCAGCACCCGCUGACAGACGCCAUGUCCGUCCAGGAAGUGGACGUGGGAGAGAACGCACCCCGCACGGUCGUCAGCAAACUGGGAGUGAAAACGAACCAAGAGGAGCUUCAGGGCAGUCUAGCUGUGUUGCUAUGCAACGUCAAGGCCUGUAAACUGAGGGGCGUGGUCUCCCAGGCCCGCCUCCUCUGUUGCUCUACCUCUGAUGACCACACUGAGCUGCUGACUCCGCCCACUGGCUCCACCCCCGGAGACAGAGUCACCUUCCUCAACUUCCCCGGUGACCCGGACAGAGAGCUGCAGUCCAAACAGAGGGUGUGGGAGCUUCUCCAGCCCGACCUGCAGGUCGACUCUAAGGGUGUGGCCAACUAUAAGGGCUGCGGGUUCGAGGUGAAGGGGAAGGGGCUGUGCAGAGCGCCCUCCCUCACCAACUGCACCAUCAGAUAGACGCCACGAGGGGCGACAUCAUCGAGGACAAGACAUGCUGCAGACGUGAUGGUCACCAGAGUGCUUUUAUUGUGAAAAACCGGCUCAGCUGUGGCAAAGCGACAACAAAAAUCAGCUGCUGACGAUCAAUCGCCAGCUGGUGCGGUUAGCUUAUGAAAGAGAAAUUCAUUUUCCUUUAAUCACUGUUUAUUGAUUAAAAAUCUGAAACCACA